AUGAAGCGCACAAGAGGCGCCUCACCAGACGCAGACGACAUCCACCUGCGAAGGGAGAGGGGCCGUAAAGCCCAGCAGGCCUUCCGACAACGACAGAUCACAGCCAUCAAUGAAUUGCGCGCCAGCAAUGAGGCCAUGCAGGCCGCCAUCGCGAAGGUGUCGCAGGUCGCGUCCAAACUGGGGAGUGCCGAGCUCGACCGCGCCGUGCGCGAUGCUGUGAGCAUCGCCGGGCUGGAGCGACAAGCUUCAGCGAGCCUUGAUGCAGGCAAGGCACCAUCACCACCGCCACCGGGACCUUCGUCGGAGCCACAGUUUCCAACCAGCGGCAUCGCUCAUCGCUUCUCGCACACCAGUGCCGCCAUCUCACCUGUCGCCCCCAUCCGUCCCCCUGGACACGCCAGCAGACGGGCCCCUCCCCGCCUACGCAUCCGGCCGCAUGUCGCCCGGCUUCGGCUACGGCCUCUGGCUCGCGCCCGCGGCGUCGCGGCAGCGCGACCCGCCCAUCGACAUUGCGCCGUACCUCGCCAUCGACAAGACGAGCUUCGCGAGCGUCGUCUACUGGACGGGCAUGAUGUGGGGCACGCGCCUGCCUCGAGGCGGCCAUGCGCGGCGACAGCGCCGAGGCCCGGAGGAGACGUGCCGGUUUCUCGUUUGGCGCGCUCCGCGAACAUGGGGCGGCAGCGACGAGCAGAUCCUGCACGGCAUGCGCGCGCGGCUGUCUUUCGCCGCCGCGGCUACGUCGAGGCCGACCACCCUGGCUACGACCCGGACAAGGGCGCCCGCGUGCAGGCCCUCAUGCUGAGCCACAGCACGGCCAAGGGUCUGCGGCUCGACAAGUUCCUGCGGCCCGCCGCCGUCGAGCUGGCGUUCCGGCGGCGGCUCGGGCCCGAGUACGCCGUCAUCGAACAGGGGCUCAAGGGCUUGGGGUCGGCCGAGGAGGUCAUGCGGGUGAGGGCGCUUGUGCAGCUCAUGGUCAAGACGUCCAGGUGCCUAGGAGACGGGCCACGGUGGGACAUUGAUCGUGUCGCCACGAUUCUUGAGACGUGGGCCGCCGGGAACAGCGACUCGCCGUCAUCGUAA